AUGCGGUUGCAAACUUCCCUCUCGGUGCUGGCCUUGGCCACAGUUUCACUCGCACAGGGCACGACACACAUCCCCGUCACCGGUGUUCCCGUCGCUGCUGGUGCUGCCGUGCCGCUGAGACAGAAUAUCAAUGACCUGGUCAACUCGGGGCCGCAGUGGGAUCUCUACGUCCAGGCCAUGUACAACAUGUCCAAGCUGGACUCCCAUGACCCGUACAGCUACUUCCAGAUUGCCGGCAUCCACGGCGCACCGUACAUUGAGUACAACAAGGCCGGAGCAAAGUCGGGUGACGGCUGGCUGGGCUACUGCCCUCACGGUGAGGAUCUCUUCAUCAGCUGGCACCGCCCUUACGUCCUGCUCUUUGAGCAAGCCUUGGUCUCCAUCGCCAAGAAGAUCGCCGAUGGAUAUCCCGCGGCUGUCCGCGCCAAAUACCAGGCCGCCGCCGCCAGCCUGCGCGCCCCCUACUGGGACUGGGCCCUCGACAGCGAGGUUCCGCCCUGCACCGUCCCCCAGACGCUCAAGAUCAACAUCCCCAGCGGCAGCGGCACCAAGGCCGUCGACUACACCAACCCCCUGCGCACCUACUACUUCCCGCACAUCUCCAUGACCGGCUCGUACGGCGAGUUCACCGGCGGAGGCGACGACCACACCGUCCGCUGCGUCGCGUCCAAGCAGAGCUAUCCCGCCACCGCCAACUCCAACCUGGCUGCCCGUCCUUACAAGUCCUGGAUCUACGACGUUCUGACCAACUCUCAAAACUUUGCCGAUUUCGCUUCCACCAGCGGCCCCGGCAUCAACUUUGAGCAGAUUCACAAUGCCAUCCACUGGGACGGUGCUUGCGGCAAUCAGUUCCUCGCUCCCGACUACUCCGGCUUCGACCCCCUGUUCUUCAUGCACCAUGCCCAGGUCGACCGCAUGUGGGCUCUCUGGGAGGCCAUCAUGCCCCAGUCGCCCCUUUUCACGGCCUCAUACAAGGGCCAGUCUCGAUUCAACAGCAAGUCCGGCAGCACCAUCACCCCGGACUCGCCCCUGCAGCCCUUCUACCAGGCCAACGGCAAGUUCCACACCUCCAACACGGUCAAGAGCAUCGUGGGCAUGGGCUACUCGUACAAGGGCAUCGAGUACUGGCAAAAGUCCCAGGCCCAGAUCAAGUCGAGCGUCACCACCAUGAUCAACCAGCUGUACGGACCCAACUCGGGCAAGAAGCGCAACGCUGCCCGCGACUUCUUGACCGACCUCGUCUCCGACCUGACCAAGACCCGUUACUUUGCCAAGGUCUCUGUCAACGUGACCGAGAUCACCACCCGUCCCUGCGAGAUCAACGUCUAUGUGGGCGGCCAGAAGGCCGGUAGCUUGAUUGUCAUGAAGCUCCCCGCCGAGGGCAUGGUCAACGGUGGAUUCACCAUCGACAACCCCAUGGAGAGCAUCCUGCACGGAGGUCUCCGCAACGCCGUCCAGGCCUUUUCCGAAGACAUUGAGGUUGAGAUUCUCACGCGCGACGGCCAAGCCAUCCCCCUCGAGACCGUCCCCAGCCUCUCCAUCGACCUCGAGACCGCCAACGUCACCCUGCCCUCGGCCCUCGACCAGCUGCCCAAGUACGGCCAGCGCUCGAGGCACCGCGCAAAGGCCGCCCAGCGCGGACAGCGCUUCUCUCUGCCCUCUCUGUAA